UGUUUGUUUUGAUUUGGGGCUUUUCAUUUCUAUUACAAUUAUUUUUUUUUUCUCCGCUGAGCAGCGGCGGCAGCAGCAAUAUGGCUGGUGAUGGGUUUUUUGGGGGGCGCUGGCGGCGGGAGGAGCUCUCGGAAGCCCCUGCGCGCCCGGCUCGCUGUUAGCUAUGGCAAAUGGCAGCGGCGGCGGCUCCUACCCGGGCGGCAGCGGCGGCGGCGGCAUUAGAAUGAGUAACAAUAUCAACGCCAACAAUCUCAACACAGACUCGUCCUCCUCCCCCGUCAAUGUGCCCAAGAUGGAUGCGCUCAUCAUCCCGGUGACCAUGGAGGUGCCCUGUGAUAGCCGCGGACAGCGCAUGUGGUGGGCUUUCCUCGCCUCAUCCAUGGUCACUUUCUUUGGGGGACUGUUUAUCAUCCUGCUCUGGAGGACCCUCAAGUACCUGUGGACUGUCUGCUGCCACUGCGGGGUCAAAAACAAGGAGGCCCAGAAGAUCAAUGGUGGUGGAGAUACACAGGCAGAUGGGGCCUGCAAACCAACAGAUGAAAAAGAGGAGAAUGUGGCAGCAGAAGUGGGAUGGAUGACCUCCGUGAAGGAUUGGGCAGGAGUCAUGAUAUCUGCCCAGACAUUAACUGGCAGAGUACUUGUUGUCUUAGUCUUCGCUCUUAGUAUUGGUGCUCUUGUAAUAUACUUCAUAGAUUCAUCAAAGAGCCGUACAGCAGACUCAUUGAUUCCAAUAGAAUCCUGCCAGAAUUUCUACAAAGAUUUCACAUUACAGAUCGACAUGGCUUUCAAUGUGUUCUUCCUACUCUACUUCGGCUUGCGUUUCAUAGCAGCCAAUGACAAGCUAUGGUUUUGGCUAGAAGUUAACUCAGUAGUAGAUUUCUUCACAGUCCCUCCAGUGUUUGUGUCAGUAUAUUUGAACAGAAGUUGGCUUGGUUUAAGAUUUUUAAGAGCCCUUAGACUGAUACAGUUUUCAGAAAUUUUGCAGUUUCUGAAUAUCCUUAAAACAAGUAAUUCCAUCAAGCUAGUGAAUCUGUGCUCUAUAUUUAUCAGCACGUGGCUGACAGCAGCUGGGUUCAUACAUUUGGUGGAGAACUCAGGGGAUCCAUGGGAAAAUUUCCAAAAUAAUCAGCCGCUAACAUAUUGGGAAUGUGUUUACUUACUGAUGGUUACAAUGUCCACUGUUGGCUAUGGAGAUGUUUAUGCAAAAACAACUCUUGGUCGCCUUUUUAUGGUCUUCUUCAUCCUUGGGGGAUUGGCCAUGUUUGCCAGCUACGUCCCUGAAAUCAUAGAGUUAAUAGGAAACCGCAAGAAAUAUGGUGGUUCCUAUAGUGCGGUUAGUGGAAGAAAGCACAUAGUUGUCUGUGGUCACAUAACACUUGAAAGCGUGUCCAACUUCCUGAAGGACUUCCUGCACAAGGAUAGGGAUGAUGUCAACGUAGAAAUCGUCUUUCUGCAUAAUAUCUCCCCUAACCUUGAGCUGGAAGCUCUUUUUAAACGACACUUCACUCAGGUGGAAUUUUAUCAGGGUUCAGUCCUUAAUCCCCAUGACCUGGCAAGAGUGAAGAUAGAGUCAGCAGAUGCGUGCCUAAUCCUUGCCAAUAAAUACUGCGCUGACCCAGAUGCUGAAGAUGCCUCCAAUAUUAUGAGAGUAAUUUCAAUAAAGAAUUAUCAUCCGAAGAUAAGAAUUAUCACUCAGAUGUUGCAGUAUCACAAUAAGGCCCAUCUGCUAAAUAUCCCAAGCUGGAACUGGAAAGAAGGGGAUGAUGCAAUCUGUCUUGCUGAGCUUAAGCUUGGUUUCAUAGCCCAGAGCUGCCUGGCACCAGGCCUUUCAACUAUGCUAGCCAACCUCUUCUCUAUGAGGUCAUUCAUAAAGAUUGAGGAGGAUACAUGGCAGAAAUACUACCUGGAAGGAGUCGCAAAUGAAAUGUAUACAGAAUAUCUGUCUAGUGCCUUUGUAGGUUUGUCCUUCCCUGCAGUGUGUGAGCUGGUGUUUGCGAAACUAAAGCUGUUAAUGAUAGCCAUAGAAUACAAGUCGGAAAAACGAGAAAGCAGAAGCCGAAAGCGUAUAUUAAUCAAUCCUGGAAACCACGUCAAGAUUCAAGAAGGUACUUUAGGAUUCUUCAUUGCAAGUGAUGCCAAAGAAGUAAAAAGGGCAUUUUUUUAUUGCAAGGCCUGUCAUGAUGACAUCACAGAUCCCAAAAGGAUAAAAAAAUGUGGCUGCAAACGGCAAGUAAAGAAUGCAGCUAGAUCAAGUUACCCAAAAUGUUCAUAUCAAUUCAAGAAUGCAACUGCUAAUGCAUUGGUUGGUGCCAAGUCCACUGAAGGAGUCAUGGAACCUGUUCCACUUGUUAAUAACCGUAAAGGGAGCCUCAUCCUACCCAACAACUUAUUGAGUUCUGUUGAACAAGGAAAAUCUACAUACUGUAGAUUGCAAAGGGCACUCAGCUUGCCUGUAAAAUACCGCUACCACUCCCAAAAGCCUGGGUUGAACCAAGAUCUCCUUGAAGAUGAGCAGCCGUCAACACUAUCACCCAAAAAAAAGCAGCGAAAUGGAGGCAUGCGAAAUUCACCCAACUCCUCACCCAAACUGAUGAGGCAUGACCCCUUGUUAAUUCCUGGCAAUGAGCAGAUUGACAACAUGGAUGCCAAUGUGAAAAAAUAUGACUCUACAGGGAUGUUUCAUUGGUGUCCAGCCAAGGACAUUGAAAAGGUCAUUUUGACUCGAAGUGAAGCAGCGAUGACAGUUUUAAGUGGGCAUGUAGUCGUUUGCAUAUUUGGGGAUGUUAAGUCCGCUUUGAUUGGAUUAAGAAAUUUAGUGAUGCCAUUACGAGCCAGCAACUUUCACUACCAUGAACUCAAGCAUAUUGUGUUUGUGGGUUCACUUGAAUACCUGAGAAGGGAAUGGGAAACACUGCAUAACUUCCCCAAGGUUUCAAUCUUGCCUGGUACGCCAUUAAGUCGGGCUGAUUUAAGGGCUGUCAACAUCAACCUCUGCGACAUGUGCGUUAUCCUGUCAGCCAAUCAGAAUAAUAUUGAUGAUGCUUCGCUGCAGGACAAGGAAUGCAUCUUGGCGUCACUCAACAUCAAAUCUAUGCAGUUUGAUGACAGCAUUGGGGUCUUGCAGGCUAAUUCCCAAGGCUUUACACCCCCUGGGAUGGAUAGGUCAUCUCCAGACAACAGUCCAGUCCAUGGCCUUUUACGUCAACCCUCCAUUACAACAGGAGCCAACAUCCCUAUUAUAACAGAGCUAGCUAAGCCUGGCAAACUUCUGCCUUUGGUUUCAAUCAGUCAGGAAAAAAACAGUGGAACCCACAUUCUAAUGAUAACUGAACUGGUAAAUGAUUCAAAUGUUCAGUUCUUGGACCAAGAUGAUGAUGAUGAUCCAGACACAGAACUGUAUCUCACGCAGCCAUUUGCAUGUGGAACCGCAUUUGCUGUCAGUGUGUUGGACUCUCUCAUGAGCGCAACAUACUUCAAUGACAAUAUCCUCACACUGAUACGGACAUUGGUAACAGGAGGAGCCACACCAGAGCUGGAAGCACUGAUUGCUGAGGAAAAUGCAUUGAGAGGAGGUUACAGCACGCCCCAGACACUUGCAAACAGGGACAGGUGUCGAGUUGCUCAGUUGGCUUUGUAUGAUGGGCCGUUUGCAGACCUAGGGGAUGGAGGUUGUUAUGGAGAUCUAUUUUGUAAAGCAUUGAAAACAUACAAUAUGCUUUGCUUUGGAAUUUAUCGAUUAAGGGAUGCACAUCUAAGCACUCCCAGCCAAUGCACUAAACGUUACGUUAUCACAAACCCGCCAUAUGAAUUUGAGCUUGUGCCGACAGACUUGAUCUUCUGUUUGAUGCAAUUUGACCACAAUGCUGGCCAGUCUCGGGCCAGUCUUUCUCAUUCCUCCCAUUCCUCCUAUUCUUCCAGCAAGAAGAGCUCAUCAGUUCACUCCAUCCCAUCAACAGCAAACCGACCGAAUCGCACCAAGACCAGGGACUCACGGGAAAAACAGAAUGCAACAAGGAUGAAUAGAAUGGGCCAAGCAGAAAAGAAAUGGUUUACAGAUGAGCCGGAUAAUGCCUAUCCCAGAAACAUUCAAAUCAAGCCCAUGAGCACUCACAUGGCCAAUCAGAUCAAUCAAUAUAAAUCGACAAGCAGCUUGAUACCACCAAUCAGAGAAGUUGAAGAUGAAUGUUGACUCCUUCGAGGACAGAACUAUUUUUUUAAAGCCUGACAAACUUCAUGAAUGGUGAUGUGACAUUUAUUCCUCUUACAUGCUGAAUAACUGAUGGAGAAGAAGGGCAAGCUUAACGGGAAAAUAAAAAGUAGACAGAUGAUUGUUUGUCUGCCUUUAAUAUUGCUUCCACGUAUUUUGGAAACUAUUUCAUUUAUAAAUGAACAUAAUCAAAACUAGUCAUGUAUAGCCUCUAGCAUUUUAAAUUAUUUUUAUUUAUUAGAAAAAAUAUAUUUUUCUUUUUUUUCAUCGUCAAGUAUAUUCCCUUAUAAAAACCUGCAUAUGUGGCCAGACUCCUAAGAAUUCAAAAAAAAACAAACCUCAAUCUUUGGCUUAAAGGAGAAUGAUGGCCACAGUUAUAAGGACAUGUAAUUAAGGGAGACAAAUGAUAUAUUUACAAGAAGAAAAAAAAAAGGUCCAACUUGUAUUUUAGUAAAUCAAAAAAAAAAAAAAAAAGAAAAAAAAAGAAAAACCAGUUCACCAAAAUGUUUCUUUACUGGAGGAUGUGUAUUUUGUUCAGCAUUGACACCAGCUCUUAAUAAACUGAACUUAUUUAUUUUCAAAGUUGAAAGUCAUAUUUUUGUACAUGUAACAUUCUGAAAUAUUCUUUGUUUCAUUAUCAUGUACAGCUCUUAAUUGCCAGUUAUGUUAAGGUUCAAUAACCCCACACAGACACACUGUGCCCCGCUCCCACACUACAUGUCCACAUACACAGACAGAAACCCAGCAUCCUCAGUAACUUCCUGCAACACAAGCUUAGUAAAAAUCACUACUCUAAACUGAGUGCCAUAUAGAUCAUGUGUUCAUAGGCAGCACUUUCUAUAAAUGGCAAAUCUGGCAAUUCCACUCCACUUCCCAUUAGCCAGCAGCAGCUGCUAAUUUCCAGAAGUCAGGCUUGGCAUUUCCUCUUCUUUUGCCAUGCAUUACAGUGCUUUAAACCAGAGUGUAUAAAUAGCACAUGAAAUCAUAAGUUAUAAACCUUCACAUCUACUAUCUUUUGCUGCUUGCUUACUUCAGAAGUGCAGCUGGCCUUGCAUAGAUUAUGAUUAUUUAAUUGGUUCAGAUUCUUCCUGAUAUGUAUAAAUGUUUAUCUACAGAUCUUUGCACUUUGGUGAUAGCUCAUACCUUGGUAAAAGGCACACUGAAUCUCCUUUUGGUGAGUUCAGCUGAAGAUUAAAAAUUGGUUUAGCCUCAGCUCUCUAAUGUCACAACAUGCUGUUCCCAGUUAAUUCCUGAACCAAGUAACUUCUUAUUUUAGAAUUUGUGUUUGUUUUUUUUAUUUUUUUUUUUUCCUUUGCUGGGACACCACACAUAAAGUAAAGUACAGUAAUAACCAAAUCAAAAUAAAGUUAAUGAAUGUAUUUAUUAUGAUAACCUACAAAAGGCCUUUGAUGGGUGCCUUUUGUGUCAGCAGUUUCACAAAGUUGUCAACAAGCUUUAUAGCCAUCAGACAAAAAUAUGAUGUUUCAUAUCUGUGCUGCAGUAUCUAUCCACCCAAGCAUUUGCUGUUUUAAAUGAUUUAGUAACUCUCUCUGUCUCAAAUUAGCAACAUCUAACACAGUUGUGUGACCAAAAAACACCCCAAGCCAACACAAAAAAAUAAAAAAAAGGCUGUGAUAAUAAGGAUUAAACCAAAACCACAGUCAUCAGGAAAGAGAUUUUCAUUGUGCAAGGUAACUUUAGGCUUUGUAAUUUUGCAGAAUUGUUAAACACCACAAUAAAACAUAUUAUCAUUAGAGAAAUAUCGGUGAAUCAAACAAAUGCAGAGCAGAUCAAUUUAUUGUGAAAACAAUGAUGUCCACUAUAUAAUCCAACAUUUAGGCUAAACUAUCUCAGCUUUAAUGUUUGUCCACUGGCUGCAGUACAAAUAUAACCAUACUAACAAACACCUAAUAGACUUUUUAUUCUGGAGUGACUUCUUGGACUGUGACUACUUUGUUGUUAUAUUUUGUAGAAUAGCUAUUUAAAGACAAUACAAGAAUUGUUAAUACACUAGCUGUAAAAUUGGAUUGUUUAAAAUAUUUCACUCUCCUUCAAAGUAACAAAAUAAUUUAAGCAGGUUUUGAUUAUUAGUUAGACCACGUUUAACCCAUUUCACAGUCCUCAAAAUAGAAGAUUAUUCUGGUCAGUUCUUCCGAUCUAUGCUGCUUCAGCUACUGACACAUUAUAAUCUACAUCCAGAUUCUGUGUUGGGUCAUGUUAAGCCUUUAUUUUGAAGUCAGUGCUCCUUUUUCAUUUAUGAACUGCAUUCAUCUUAUAACCGGAGUGAAAAAAGCUGGUUCUGAGUACAGGAGAAUGUUUGAACUUCUUUGUGUUCAACUUCACCAAGCACAUGUGACUUUUUUUUAAUUUUUUUUUUCUUAGAAGACUAGUCUUUUGCUGUAGGGACAUACAUAAAACAUUAUAUCUUAUAGUUUCUCAUAUACGGUGCCAUUUCUGAGUGUCCUUCUUUCAAAAGGGAGCAUUCACUGGAUAAAACAUACUAAUGAAGCAAAUACAACACCCCUAACUUAGCUAAGGUUUGUGCGUGUCUCUGUCCAGUUUAACUGUCACACUCAAAAAUAUCACGCUGCCAACUGUACUUAAAUAUACUCAUGUUUUUUUAAAAUACACUUAUGCUUUCUCCCAGCACAGAUGGUUCUGUAUGUAAUGACAGACAGAACACCACCUGUAGAGAGCAUGCAAGGCAGAGAGAAACUGGUACAGUUUGCAUUUCCCAUUUCUAGAAAAGCUAAGAGCAAUCAAUAAUCUUUUCUCACUCCUCUUUCUGAUGAUCAAAGACAGAGGACUGACUUCUGGCAAUUAGGUGGAGGAUCAUGGAGAAAACCUGUUGGAGAUCUUUGAUGUUUAGCCAUUAAAGACUAAAAUAGGGCCAGCACCAGUAUCUGGGUUUUGGGUAUAUGGAGUUACACCAGGGCAAGUAGCUGGGAAAGUGGCCUAAGCAACAGCUGGCAGACCAUGUGACAACUGAUGUAGAAUAACUUUUUGAUAUUUAUUGAUAAUUCUUAUUCCUUUCUCAAAAAACAAUGGGGGUGGGAAUUUCAGCUUUUUUGUUAAUUGUAUACACAAUUAUUACAGGCUAAACAGUUAUUUUUAUUAGCAACUCAUGCACUGGAUAAAAUGUUUGCCUGUAUUUGCAUAUAGGCAUGUCUACACAUACACACAUAGACGUAUGUGUGGAUAUAAACAUGCUUAUAUAAGUGUUUGUGGGGUUUAUGUAUUUGAUAGAGACAUCAUGAGAAGGUGGUCAUUAUUUUUAUUGGGGUGGGGGGUGGGUGAAGAAAGACACAAAGAAAAAGAAAAUGUAUGACUGACUUACAGGAGAGCACAGGGAGGAAUUGCACCUACUGUUUCCUCCUGGCUUGACCAAAAAGCAGCCAUUCCUGUUAGCUACAUUAGUGUUGCAUUGAGAAUACUCUACAGAACCUUUUCUUACUGCUGAAGUAGGUGUGUGUUCCUGGCCCCCACCUCACACCCAUGAACCUGCUCCCACACUGCCAGAAAGCCCGCUGCCUCUCUGUCUCAUGGCUAUUAUUUUAAUUUGUUUCCUGAAGCCCAUGAGCACUAAGAUGAAAGGACAAAACUGUCCUCCAAUGGGAUGUUGUUUGCUUGGCAAGUGUCCAAUACAGCAAAAGUUAAGGUGGAAAGAAAAUAAGAUAUUCAGAGUCUAAAUGCAAUUUUUGAGGCCUCAAUGUGACUGUCUUACUAUGGAUUCUAAGAUGUUACAUAUAUAAUACAUUUAUUUAAUGGGGAAAAAAAAAAAGAGAUAUGCAAACAUUUCCUUGUGCUUUGCAAACACUUUCUAAAACUGUCACCUCCAUUUUAACAGCUCCCCUUCUUUUAAAUCAGCAGGAAGCAUAUGUGGUGGGAAGUAAAAAUCCCUUCAUCUAGCGUACAAUCAAUUAUACAGUGUUAUAGGUUCAUGGACAACAUUGCUAUUCUACCUGUAACUCAAAGGAACCUUGUAAGCUCUACUUGCCCAAAAGCCAGGAACAUACAUAGGGAUAGAGAAAGCAGGGAGGGUGAGAGUGACAUGACACAGCCAAAUCCCCAUGCAAAUGUAAGCACGUAGCUGUUUCCAGUUCAUCUUUGGUGGGAAAGGCAGUGCUGCUUCACCAGGGUGAAGGCCAUGAGGUUCAGGAUAAUUAGGAUCCCAGGUGGCCUUAUUAAGCCGCAUAGGUGUCUUGAAAGAGACGAUAAGUCUUCAGCAUCUUACAGGCUGUACAGGAAGUCAGGUUUAGCCAUACUAAAGAUAUUUUGUUCUCCUACUUUUGAAUUCUAUAGAAAAUGACCACUCAAUGACUCAGGCAGCAUGGGUUUGAAAAGACUUAACUGGACUCAGCCAAAUGUGGAAAGGGGGAAAAAUAGUUUGCAUACAAUGUCCAGGAAACACUACAAAAAUUUUGUCUAUAGCCUUUUAUUAUAGAUUGUUUGGUGGUGGCGGGCAAAGUUGUUAAUUUGUUGGAAGUUUUGGCCAGUGUAAGGAAGAUAUGCAUUUCUUGACCUCUUAGAGUAGAAGGAGAAUGUGUACUAGUGUAUUCUCAUUCACAGAGGACUGGAUUUGUUGGGAUUUCUGUGUGCGUAAAGUACAUCUAACACCUACUGCAAUAACUGGAUGCAUAAACUAAUGCAUGACAAUAAAAGCAAUAAUUUACAAAUGGGCAAUUAUGCAUCUUUCCACUGCUUGGUCACUCACUGGUGAAUUCAUAAACAUGUUAGCAACUGCCUUCUUCUAGCUGGUUCACAUGGGCUCAAAGUUAAGCACAGAGUAGGAGCUUAAAUGGUUUUAUCAAGAAGCAGAUUUGUAAAGACUUCUAGAUCACAAUGCAUUUGAAAUGAACACAUAUUGAGGUCAGGGUGUUUGUGAGUGUUAGGUAUUUUGUUUGCGAAUUUCUUUGGCACCGAAAGAAGUGUGUGUCUCACCUUUCGUUUCUAGUUUUAACUGAGCUUAAACAAAAUACACAAGUGUGUGAAAGGUGAUGAACAAGGCAAAGUAAAAACAGAAAUCCUUUCUCUGUUACAGUGGAUUGGCCUGGGAAUAUAUGUCAAAAAGUCAAUGGCAGAUGCACAGAAAAAUUCAGGAUAAAGUUCUUUGAAUUCCUUCUUUUGUUUUCCUCUCCCUGCCAUCUGAACCACCAAUAUCCCCAAAAUAUGAAGAAGCACCUUUUGAAUUCUAACUUCUUUUUCUUUUUUUUUUUUUUUUUUAAUUCUAAGGGUGUUUGAAAACUCCUAGUCUUAGGAGAUAUAGUUUUUGUGGUUUGUUUUGGUUUGAGGAUUUUUUGUUUGGUUUUUUUUUUUUCAAUUUGUUAUAUAUACACAGCAGUUUUCCUAAUAUUCAGUUAGCAAGCACAAUAUUCAUAGUACUUUUGUAUUAAGCAAUACUAGUAGGUGUGGGUAUGGCCCCCUUCUGAAAUAAUCGAAUGGAGCAGCUGUUCAGCUGUGGCCACUACCAUGGAUGGUACGUAGGCUUACAGUACUGACAAUUCUGCCCCAGCAUUUAUCAAAGCUAUAUUUAUAUAAGUAAUAUAUCUAUUCUGCACAGAUAUUCACUGAGAUAGAACAUGCAGCCACUUUGAAACUGUAUAGUCUAUAAUGUGCAGUAGUCUCUAUAACCAAGUAAAUUCCACUGAAGUUAAUAGAUAGGACUGCUGGUCUAAUGUAUCUGAUUUAUAUAAUGGUGUACAACUGUUAACUGUCAAAAUGAGAAGGGGUAAGGGGAAAGAAGAAAAUAUAAAAUAAAUUUUUAGUACUUUGGGUCCAAUUUAGAAUGAUAUCUAACUUAAGGCGCUAAACAUGGUAAUGCUGCAUCUAAUUAGAACCUUAGUGAGGUUGAGAGAAAGCUUUUUACUGCUUCAGUCAAUGCACUUUAGAGGCAAUCUUUGUAACUUAAGAAAAAAUAUUAAACACAACAUAUACGCAUUUUAAUACAUGUAAUACAAAACAGAUAUUUCAGAAACCAAAAAUCUGGCAUAUGAGCACUUUGUUGACUGGACAAUAACUAACAGGAACCACAUGAAAAUGUCAUCAGGACUUAUCUUAAAUUUUCCUUAAGUAGCAGUUAAAAAACGCUGCUUCUGCCAUGGUACAGCUUGGGAGACACAUGCUUAGCCAGUGUAAAUAAUCUAACCUCUGUCCAAAAAAAGAAAGUUGAAAUAACUUUAACUUUUGAAUUUCUGUAGAGUUCAAGCCUGAUAGUUUUUUUUUUCCUGCCUUCAGGGAAAAAACUACACACACACAAACAGGUAUAUACAACAUAUUUUGAUGCCUACAUGUGUCUAUUUAGUUAUAAUUUUGGAGUGUCAAAAGGGUGGGUACACUGAGAACCAGCUAUCCAUCUUAACUUAUAAGUUCAUCAAGAAAAAGGAGUAUGACUUCAUCAUUUUACUUUUACUAUUAUGGGUUGGUGAGAGAGAACAACUGCUGGUGCUCAGAAAUGAUCUACCUGACUUUGUCAUAUGUAAUAUCCAGUGAUAAAUAUAUUGUCCUGUAAAAAGGGUUUGUACAUAACUUGUACAUGGUUUCAUUUUGUAUUUUUCUCAGAUUAAAAUUUAUGUAUUUGUGUUCUAAAAGAA